AUGAACCCGUACUCCGCCGGUACUUUCAACAUCAUGAAGCAAAAUGAAACUGGCUCUUGCUACGUAAGAGUUGGUCAAGUCAAUCGUGAAGUCCCUAUCGAUGGAAUGUUGAAACGAGAAGUCAUCUUGGCUUAUAAGUCAUACGAAAAGAAAAGUUGGGGAAUUCGACAGUUGAUCAACUAG